GGACGACCUUUGGGUGACGCUAGGCUGACCUUGAGACUGUUCAUCUAAUAACUAGGACUAAAUGAGGGUCAUAAACCUGUGUGAGGAAUUCGAAUUAUGAUUUACAGUUGAUGACUAAGGUUAGGAAUUAGAUUUAAGGUUUUUCAUCACGAACUGACAUCAGUUAUAAUGUCAAAAUAGUAUUUAACCAAAUGAGUGAAUAAAUUUCGCGUCAAAACCCGAGACCUGUUUUCUUAUAUCUGAUUGGUUCAUCCAUAAACUAUAAUCUCGCCGUUUGAUGAACUCGAAAAAUAAUGUGUACAGAGAAACAGGAAUCCUUGACAAACUAAGAAAUCUGUUUUGGGGGGACGUUAUUUCAUUUGAUUCAAAGCUUAUAAAACAGUAACAUUUCUUUUUGUCCCUAGUCUAUUCUACAGAACAUAAGCUGUCGUUUAAUGUAUGAUUUACUGCCAUAGCCAUUUUUGUUUCAAAGAUAUUGUACGUUAAACGUAAUCUUUUGUACGCCGUUUUCUACUCUGAUUCCCAGCUUCGGUCUGAUUAGUUAUCUAUAUAUUCGUGUAUCUUUUUACACUAAUCUGAAAUCGGCAAGUAGAUUGGGAUUGGGAAUAAAUCGUGUAGCGUCCUAGUUGACUUGUCUUCUCUCACUCGCAUGCUUGUCAGCCAAUCAGGCUAUAUACUAUAGUUUUCAUCUCUCUACCCAAUUUAUUUAUUUUUAUUUAUUUUACCACAAAGAUAUUGGUACAAAGAGGCAGCAAUUAGAUAUGAGUCACAUAAGUCACUCGAUUUGUGUGAGGGUUGGUACACUUUCCAGGUGCCCAAACCGAAGCAGGUGGUUUUCUUCAGAGACCACUCCCCGAGCUAUUGACUGAAGGUUUGAUCCACAAGGCAGUGGAGCAACGUCAAGAGAUGCAAUCCCAUGAUAGUCGGUGACCAAUAAUUGGUUCGUACGCCAUUUGUUCACUUAGGAUCCUGGAGCCCAUAUGCAUGAUUGCUUUUGAAUCAGAGUUUUCCAACUCCGGUAAGUGGACUCCCCGUGUCCACCAAGCGGGUGAAAGCGCCGGACAUUUGUUUUUCGUCCUCUCAAUUUCGUAAACAACACCCUCGCUGUGAGAAGGCAGUGAGUAGGACUUCCCUGGCAGAGGCUAUAUAGGCGUGGCCAUGUGAGAGCAUUUGGAGAGGGAGAGCAGACUCUCCCCAGGUAGUUGGUGUCACUUCGAAUUCACGCAUACUAGUUUCAAUGUUAAGCUAGUCAGCCUAUCUCGUCAAGGUCUUAAUCUAGGUUAGACAAGCUAUCCUCUGCACAAAAAUAUUGGAUACUACUGAAUUGAUAAUCUCUGUAUAUAGUUACAUGUUUUGACAUUUAAUAUCAAACUCCGGAUGAACUCUGUAUAACAUGAAGUUGAUAAAAUUCAACUUUAUUUGUAACCACCUCAUACUUCUUUACAUUUCAGAAAUCAUUUAUUUUAGUGAUUAUAUGAAAAAUAUUAUUAUCUUUUUAUUCUUUCAAGCGUGAUGGAAUGAAAGAUUUUAUGGCUUUUCUAGUGACAACUAAUGGAAUACAUCUUGUUGAUUUUUGGUUAGAUUGUGAAGCCAUUAAAAUGAUUUCAUCUAUGCAGAAUUCAAGUUAUGAAAGUAUUAAAUUAAAAUUUACUUUAUUACGGUAAUUCAUAAAUCUGUUUUUUAUUGAGAUCAUGAACUGAUCAAUGUUAGACAACUAUUAAGAAUCUGAAAGCACUAGAUAGUUGCUUCAUCCUAGUAUGGAACUUCUCGACAGUGCGUUUUCACGAUCCCGCAUACAGAAAUAGAACCCAGGACAUUCGGUCUCGCGCGCGAACGUUUAAUUUCCAGACCACUGAACCGGUAUUCAACGGUGUACAUGUCUAACUUUAACCACUCCGUCAUAUUGCGCGAUCAUCUUCCAUUGUCUGAGGUAGAUACUUGUCUCCAUCUGACAUGGAUUAGAUUCACUGGUCACGGCUUCUCACUAGAACUUCGAGAAUUACCUCCCGAAGCCAGUUACUAAGGAACACAUGAUAUGUAUUGGUAUAGGUUUAUGGAGAUUGUUGACUUUUUAUUGAUACCAUGAAGAUCAGAUCAUUGAAAUCAGUGCUUACAGAUUGUCAAUGGUCGUCUAACAUUGAUCCAUCCAUCAUCUCAAUCAAACCUUAACUUUAUCCAUAACCCUAUACUGAUAGUUUACGAUUUAUUUCAAUGAAAGAGAAAAAAACGUUUCAAAAAUUUUAUACAAUCAGUUUCCUUGAUAAAUCUAAACGGUUGUAAAACGACAAGGUUUGCAGAGUACAAUGAAUCCAUUCUAUUUAAUGGUCCUCCGAUCAGUUGGAAACAGCCUGAAAUUACAAAAGUUACUAUGAUUAUAAUUAUAAACAAAGGUCUAAUUUACUUUAGUCGGUGAAUUUGAAAUGAACGUUAUCUUGUAAACGUUACAUAACAGAUACCUCUGCACAAUUGAGUAAAAUAUAUAUUUGGUUGGUUUCUUAAUUGUUUUAAAUGUAUAUCUGUUAUAGACUAUAUCUCUAUUCUCUAUCAGGUGAAUGGUGACUGCAUUUAUGAAGGCUUUAUUGUCUUUUAAGCAUAGGUUACUCGAAAACUGAUUAGAAAACCUGGUAGAAAUCCUUUUGCCUGCCGUUCGUGUUUACCUGCUGCCCUUUACUUACUUACUUGUUUACUCCUGUUACCCCCCAUGGACGAGCAUAAGCUGCCUAACAGGGUUCUCCAGGUUUAUGUAAAUUCAUAUAUGAAUUUGGAGGUGAUAUUGAAAAGAACCAUCUGAAAAUAGAUGCCCAAAAAUAAUUAUUCUGAAAUCUAGAAAGGAAUAUCCUAAAAGUCAUAGACAACCGAUUGUUUUCAGGAAGCCUGUCACUAUCUAUAUUUAAUUUAGAGGAAAUAAAAAUUUCGGGAAGAAUUAAUGAACGAAUCCGGAUGUCACUGAGAAAAAGCUUUCCUAAUGUUCAGUUUUUCUCACUAUCUAACAUUAGUUAUUCGUUAAGCCAAUCAAAAGUAGAUCAAUACGCUUCUGAUGUUAGAGUUGUAUUAUUCAUAAAUAAUAACUUUUCCAUACUCAUAAACCAGAUAAUGUCUUCAAAUAUUCUUAUUCCCCAGAGGGAAAUAAAGCACAGAGUGUAGUAAUCCUAUUCGUUAUAUAGGUAUGUUAUUGUUCACUGUAAUCUAUUAGUUAAUAAUAUAUUCCAUUUGGUUACAUUUUAGUGGCCCGGAAUCUGAUUCCAAUUAGAUCAUAUGAGUGUUAUUGAAGUACACAUGUCGUCUAUCCUCCUAUAAAAUUAUCGACUUAAUUCGCAUUAGUGUAUAACGGAAUUAAAUAAGUCAAAUACGAGAAUGAAGUUUUGAAUACGUAUAUUUUGUAUACAUUGAUCGGGGCAGACAAUCAGAGGGACGAAGGGAAGAGAAGAGAGCAAAGCGAAAUGACACGCGGUGGAGGUGUAUGAGCCAACUCCCACAGUCUAGAUGACUUGAUUGAAAUGCUGAGGUGGGUUGUGCUCGGGUCGUGAUUUAAUCGACACCUUGCACGCAUAUUGCGACUACAGGAUAUCUGUGGCCUUGCUUGUUCGAGGGUUAACUUUUCAUCUAUCACAGUGCACAUUAAGUAGUAGAUUUGAUGUGUGCCUACCAGCGUGUAUACCUGCAUAUCAACGCGGGUUAUAAACAGUCUUCUAACCAGCUAGGAAUUUAAGAAAAACUAUCCACAAUAUCUGAUUUGUUUAACAACUUUAAAUACCAAGAGUUUUUAUUCAGGAGAGUUUACGUAAUCAAAUAAAUGUAUGAAAUAUUCACAUUUUAACACCGUAUCACUUGUCACUAAUAUAAUCUAAAAUAAACAUUUGAUGGUCAAAUUCAGCGCUGUACUCCACUUAACUAUUACAUGAACCACUUAAUGGAAUGGAAGUUAACAAUUAGGCUUCCUGUAUUCACUGUAAAAACUCUCAAUUAUAAACCAUAGCUGACGAAAGGCAUUCAUAACUACUUAAAUAAACUAAAAUAACAACAAAUUCUAAAUAAGUAAAGAUGGAUUGUGGCUAGUACUGGAAUCUAGGACGCGCGUUUCGUCUUAUUUGAGACUCGUCAGCUGAAUGUACCUGGGAAGAUACAAGUAAACAACAUCUAGUGAACACAGUCUAUAGUUUGAUUUAUAUAAUCCUUCAUCAUAGUUUUUAAUGUCUUUCUUUAGUGACCUUGAAAAUCGAUCAAAAGCAUUUCGUUAAUUUAGGAAUUGCUCAAUCUCAUCCCUAUAUUAUAUUCUUACCUAAAUAUAAUUAAGAUCUAAAUUCACUUAGUAUUAUUUGCUUGGAUCUUCCAAUUGUUAUUAAGGACUGUAAUUGAUCAGUCUCUUAUUAGCAUAUGUGCAUCCUGUACGAACUGUCUCAAUAUUGCCUUAAGUCACAAGCUUUAUAAGCAAAGAUGGAUAGUGGCUAGCAGUGGAAUUCAGGAUGCACGUUUCGUUCUAUUUGGGACUCAUCGGUUGGAUGUACCUGCAUCUCGGAGUUGAUGUUCACUCUGGGACUCAAACCCAAUACCGUUCACUUCAAACGCCAUCACGUUAUCCAUUUGGCUAAUGAGUUCUGAAAGGAACCUGCUUUUGAAAUAGGCUGAAGUCUUAAAAUUUUUUGACGCUAUUUGCUUGUAUCUUCCGUUUGUUAUUAAGGACUGUAAUUGAUCAGUCUCUUAUUAGCAUAUGUGCAUCCUGUACGAACUGUCUCAAUAUUGCCUUAAGUCACAAGCUUUAUAAGCAAAGAUGGAUAGUGGCUAGCAGUGGAAUUCAGGAUGCACGUUUCGUCCUACUUUGAACUCGUCAACUGAAUGUACCUGAGAAGAUAGAUACAAGUAAACAAUACUAUGUGAACAAAAUCUAUCGUUUGAUUUAUAUGUUCCUUCAUUACAGUUUUUCUUUCUUGAUAUCUAUUGUUUAGUGAUCUUGAAGAUCGUUACCUUCUUCAAUUAACAUCUAAAGCACGUGAAAAAUUAUUUACAUCAAUAAAUACAAUUUCUGAUUAUUUUCUAAUAAAUCGUCAUGAUAAAAAUAAUAAUCCGAAUGAAUCUUAUUUAUAUCAACUUGGUAAUAUGAUGUUUGAUUGUGUACAAUAUGAUUGUUUACGUCGUUUAAGAUAUUAUUGGUUACCAAGAUGGUUAUUACAUUGGGAAAGAAUAAUCAAUAAUUGUCAAUUUUUACCAAAUCAAUAUGGUGGUUCUAAUUUAUUUUAUAUACCAUCAUAUUGUUCAUUAAUUAGAUCAAAUCAUACAUUAUCAUCUAAUGCAUAUACAGAAAAUAUAUCAAUAAAUAGUUCUGAUAUUGAACAAGAUAAUGAUCUUGAUCUUAUGGAUCAUUACAAUCAUCAUAAUGAUCAUGAUUCUAAUGGUCAAUAUGAAGAAUAUCAAUCUAAUGAAGUAUUUAAAGAUAAUGAUCCUUCUAUAAAUUGUCAUAGUUCAUUACAAACAACUGAAAAAACAAUAAAGGUAUCUAAUGAUGAAAAAUCCUGGAAUAAAGAAAUCUAUGAUCUAAUUAUUAAAAAUGCUUUAACAAAAAAUGGUCUUAUUCAAUCAGAUCAUAAUAGAGACAUAUUAAGAAAUAUGCCAAAACAACGUUUAUUAUCAUAUGCUCCAUCAUCUACAUUGAACUCAUCUCAUAGAAAUAUAAAAUUAUCUCGAAUGUCCAGUAGUACUACUACAACCAGUACUACCAGUACUACUCCAACUAAAUAUACAUCAACUAUACCAUUCUUUAAACGAUUAAAUAUAUCAUGGACAAUACCCUAUGAUCCAAAUGAUGUGAUUGGUUUAAAAUUAUAUCCUGGUUUAAAAUGGGAACAUUUAAAAAAAAUCAAUAAUUGUCAAUUAUUAUCCUCCUCCUCGAUACAAAUGGAUAUAAUCAAUAAUUCAAUCAAUUAUAAUCAUUCCAUUAUAAUUGAUUCAUUGAUAUCUACAUUAGGAAUAAAUAAUAAUGAUCAUCCUAAUGAGAAUCAUAAAAUGACAUCAUCAUUUAAACAAGAUUUCAUCAAUAGGAAAAAGAUGGAAUCUUCUUCAAAUAGAGGAAAACUAACUUCAUUCAUUCAUUUAAAAGAAAAGAAAAGUUCAAUGGAAGAAAUAUUAAAGAAAAAAUGUUUAAUAGCAAUACAUGGUGAUGCAGCAUCUGGUGGUCCAUUUCAAUUUUAUUUAGAAAG